CGUGCCAUUUUUCUGUUUCAAAGGUGUGAUCAUAAGACCAUAAAAUUCUAAAAUAAGAAGUAAACAUUGAUUGUAGUUACACGUCCAUCUAGUUUGUUUCAAAAUGUGUGGAAAAAUUAUUGUCCAGUGCUUUAUUUUUCUUGGAAUUUCAGCGAUUGCUCACUGCGGCUAUCAAUGUGUUAAAGAUGAUUUCGAAUCGUUCCAAAAUUGCUAUAAAAACGUGGAUGUCAAAUUGCAUGAUACUGGAGAGGAAGCACUUAACAGGUUCCAUCGUAUGGACAUAAGAUGUUCGUUGAUCAGCAAAAUUUUUGAAUGCUUGGAAGCCCAACGAAAAAAUGCUUGUGAUAACCAGGAGACGCAUGCUCUUGGUCAGAUAUUUGGCAUUUUAUCACCAGUUAAGAAUCCUUUUGUUUCGUGCAACAAUACUGGAAUAAUACGACAAGCAGACUACAAUCAGAUGUGAUCAGUACAAUUCUCUUCUUUAUGUGUACGUACAAAAAACAAUUAGAGUACUGAAGGAUGUGAUUUAAUUCAUAUAUUUAUGCAACUAAAAAUAAAGUUUCAUUUAAAGAA